AGAUUAACAUUUUCCGUCGCGUGUGCGGCCUCUCUUCCUCAACCGCCAUCAUGGGUCGCAUGCACGCUCCCGGAAAGGGCUUGUCCCAGUCAGCGCUGCCGUACAGGCGCAGUGUUCCUACUUGGCUGAAGCUCACCUCUGACGAUGUCAAAGAGCAGAUCUUCAAGUUGGCCAAAAAGGGUCUGACCCCCUCUCAGAUUGGUGUGAUUCUGAGGGACUCCCAUGGUGUGGCCCAGGUCCGAUUCGUCACUGGCAACAAGAUCCUGAGGAUCCUCAAGUCCAAGGGCCUGGCCCCCGACCUGCCCGAGGACCUGUACCACCUCAUCAAGAAGGCUGUGGCUGUCAGGAAGCAUCUGGAGAGGAACAGAAAGGACAAGGACGCCAAGUUCCGCCUGAUUCUCAUCGAGAGCAGGAUCCACAGGCUGGCUCGCUACUACAAGACCAAGAGAGUACUGGCCCCCAACUGGAAGUACGAGUCCUCUACAGCUUCCGCUCUGGUGGCAUAAACUCCUCGCUUUUGGAUAAAUAAACCGUUUAAUUGGAAA